AUGAAGCCCAGUCAAACUUAUGUCGAAUGGGUGGCUGAGUUGCGUGGUGCUGCGAGAGAGUGCAUGUUCGAAUGCGCUGCAGAUGGGUGCCGUAAAUCUUUUCUCGAUAGUAACAUAAGGGAUAUGAUUAUCAUGCAUACACCACAUGAUAAAGUGCGAAGUGCAGCUCUCCAAAAGCCUAACCCUACAUUAGAUGAAGUAUUGCAAAUAGCUACAGUGUACGAGUCGACAAUCAAAACGUGCUUGGAGAUUAAGGGUGAGGGGGACGCACCAGCCGUAGACUUACAAGAUAACGAAAUUUCUGGUAACGUGUGUAAUACUUGUUCGUUCACGGAAGAGGCAUCACAGCUAAAUUUGCGCGUUUCUCUCAGGCAGUGUGUUAACCAGCACCCGGAAAUAUUCUUAUCAAAGCUGGGAAACUGCAAAACGUUUAAGGCAAAUAUCACUCUUCAGCCUAAGGCAAAACCGAAAUUCUUUAAGCCUUACAAUUUACCAUUUGCUCUUCACGCUGAUGUGAAAGCUGAAAUUGAGCGACUUGUUAAAGCUGAAGUGUUGAAACCUAUACGCGUGAGUGAAUGGGCAGCGCCAAUCGUAGUUGUGCGAAAGCCAAACGGUAAAUUUCGAAUUUGUGCUGAUUUCAAAGUCGCUUUGAAUUCCCAAAUCCAAAUCGACCGGUACCCGAUACCCAGAAUAGAAGAGUUGUUCCAUAAGCUACAAGGUGGUAAAUAUUUCACAAAAAUCGAUCUAAGCGACGCAUAUUUGCAAGUCAAUUUAACCGACGAGGCGAAAAAAUUUACGGUUAUUAAUACUCCAUUUGGAUUAUUUCAAUUUCAGAGCAUGCCUUUCGGAAUGGCUAGUGCGCCUGGAAUUUUCCAACGUUUUAUGGAAGAAGUCAUCGCUGGUGUUCCGCAUUGUGCCGUUUAUUUGGAUGACAUUAUCGUCACCGGCCAAGAUAACGACGAGCACAUCCGUAAUGUAGAAGAAAUUUUUAAGCGUUUAAGCUUUCACGGUCUUACAUGCAGGGUGGAAAAGUGUAAUUUUGCGGAAAAGCAAGUCGAGUACGUCGGGCAUAUCAUCAACGCUACAGGAAUAAUGCCAUCAGAAAAGCGAGUCGACGCAAUUAAACGUAUGCCUCCGCCGAAAAAUAUCAAAGAAAUCGAAUCUUUUAUCGGCAAG